GGCAUUGCAGCACAAUCUACUAAACAGAGAACAAAUCCUCCUAUUUCUCUAUUAUUAUACAAAAGAAAACAAAAUGUCGUGGCAAACAUACGUAGACGAUCAUCUUAUGUGCGAGAUCGAAGGCAAUGCCGGUCAGCAUCUCACCGCCGCGGCUAUCAUGGGCCACGACGGCAGCGUUUGGGCUCAGAGCUCCAAUUUUCCCAAGUUAAAGCCCGAUGAAGUAACUGGUAUCAUGAAAGACUUUGAUGAACCUGGUCACCUUGCUCCAACUGGAAUGCACAUUGAAGGAGUGAAGUACAUGGUAAUUCAAGGAGAGCCUAAUGCUGUGAUUCGUGGCAAAAAGGGAUCUGGAGGUAUUACCAUUAAGAAAACCGGUCAAGCUCUGGUUUUUGGGGUGUACGAAGAACCUGUGACUCCGGGACAGUGUAACCUGAUUGUUGAGAGGCUGGGAGAUUACCUCAUUGAGCAGGGCCUGUAGAGGUCUUUCUCCAAGUGAAGUUUGUAUUCGUUUUGUUAUCAGUCAUGGUCUUCUAAUAUUUCUAAAUUAUUGUUAUGCAAUGGAGUUGUGGCAGAAAAAUAACAAAGGACAGAAACAAUGGUUUUUGGACCUCCCUAAGCUUAUUGUGUGCCUUGUAGCCUCAUAAGCUUGUAAUUUCUUUCCAUUUUUUCUUUAUUGAUGCUACUCAGUGAGAAUGGAUGUGUGAAGUUUUGGUUGUUAGUGGAAAUUUUCCCCACAUGAUAAACCAAUGUUUUCAUCAGCUAAAUAGUAUUUUGUAAUUGAAUUGGUUGGAAUUGAGAUUGAUUUAUUUUGCA